CUUUAAAUAAUCUGUCAGGAUAUUAAAUUAUGAUUGAAAUUCACAAAAUUGGGUUCUAAAAUAAAAAAAAACAGAAUUUGCUCACUAAAAAAAACCCAAUGAGAAUUACAGUUAAGAAAAAUGAAUAUUGAAUACAAUUUUUACGUUUAAGCUUUCUGUCCCCGCCUUCAUCCCCUUCCUACCGAAAAUCAGCGGGCACUUUGACCCGUCGGAUCUCUUAUUGCAGAGAGAACGUGUAUCACGGGCAAAAGCGAGAUGGUUCAUCCCCGUAAAACGGUUACACCCGUGGUUAGGCCAGUUUAAAGCAAAUCUUAUCGUUGCUUUGCUUAGCACAAAUCCAAAAAAAAUUGGUACACAUUCAGAUAGGAAAGAUAACCGCUGUAUUUGAGUCCUUGACGGCGCUCUUAUUAUUUGCUGAAGGUGUUUAUUAUGAAACGUUGCUGAGUGUUUUGUGUGGAAAGGAGGUCUCUAUCUUGUAGGGAUCAAAGGUCUAACACUUCCUGCAUUGCUCACCACUCCAGCUGCAGUCCAGGAAGACUUUUGGUGGUUAUUUCACCGUGUUAACGUCAACUAACCAGAAAGCAAUGUCCGGAAGUCCUGCUGUGGUUAUACGGCUGAUGGCCUCUGCCUAUGCUGUGGCUGAAAAGGCUGGGGCCAUUGUACGGAAGGUCCUUCACAGUGGAGAGCUUGGUAUUGUGGAAAAGACAGGAGCUAAUGAUCUGCAGACACUGGCAGACAGACUAGCACAACAGAGCAUUUGUGCUUCACUGUCCAGACGCUUCCCCAAACUCACCAUUAUUGGAGAGGAGGAGCUUCCUUCUGAAGAGGUGCAGGAAGAUCUUAUUGAGAAUGGCCAGUCAGAGGAAAUUCUUCAGAAGACCUGUCCGCUUGAGUACAGAGACCUGAAAGAAGAAGAGCUAGUUGUGUGGGUAGAUCCUCUCGAUGGCACAAAAGAAUACACUGAAGCAUCAAGGUGUCUCCAUCUCCGAGCUGUGGCCCAGACACCACACAAAGGGUUGGACACCUCUCAGCCUCACAGCACAGCUCUCUGGCUCCUUGAUAAUGUGACGGUGCUCAUUGGGAUUGCAUAUGGAGGCAGAGCCAUUGCAGGUGUGAUCAACCAGCCAUUCUACAACUACCAGCUUGGUGUCGGAGCACAAUUAGGAAGAACCAUGUGGGGCAUGCUGGGAUUGGGCACCUUUGGGUUCCAGCUCCAGGAAGUUCCAGGUGACAGACGAAUUGUCACCACCACCCGUUCUCAUAGCAACAAGCUGGUAACAGACUGUGUGGAUGCCAUGGAGCCUCAUGAAGUUGUAAGAGUGGGUGGUGCUGGAAAUAAGAUAAUCCAGCUCAUUGAAGGAAAAGCUUCUGCUUAUGUAUUUGCUAGUCCAGGAUGCAAAAAGUGGGACACGUGUGCUCCUGAAGCCAUCCUGCAGGCCGUUGGAGGUAAACUGACUGAUAUGCAUGGAAAUGCAUACCGCUAUGAUGCUAAUGUAAAGCACAUGAAUUCUGCUGGGGUUCUUGCUACACUCCGUAACCACGAGUACUACAUCAGCAGAGUACCACAGGCAGUGCUGCAAGCUCUCAAGUCAGACUGAGGUCUGUCUUCAUGUCCCACGAAUCAAGUGUAAAAGCACUUAUUUCAUGAAGCGCACCAUUUGACAUGUAUGUCUAAUUUCCAAAUGUAAAUAUUAACUUAGGGCAUUCUGUAUUCUUGUGCCUAAAACAAUUCAGUGAUUUCUGAGUCUCAGUGGACUGAGCAAACUACAUAUUCUGCACUUACCUAAUGAAUUAGACACAAGUAUUAAAGCAGGCUCAACAGCACUUCCAUUUAUUUCACUCCUUUGAAAACAAACUUUUACAAAUCUCAGAACAUCUUAACAUACUGUUUUCCAACUUGAAGACUAUAGAUUUACAAGGCAAAAGGCAAGAUCUGUAGAUUAAAUGUUGGUUAGUGAGUUGGAAAUGAUGUACUGUACUUCAUUCAGUAACCACAAAGUAGUAACAGUCUAUAAGUGGCAUAAUGCCAACAACAAACAAAAUGCACUCAACUUGAUUUGAUACAUUUACCCCCUUUACACCAGUGACGUGCAGUCAGGGGAGGCAGGUGAGGCACGGCCUCACCUGUCAUCGUGGAAAUAUAAAAUUAAAAAAUAAAUUAAAUGGUUAUAUUCAUUCAGUGAUUUGUAUUUUAAAGUUCUU